AGACUGUUUCGGCGUUUAGAUUUUUAGCCGUUUGUUUUGUGAUUUUCAGAGAAAUACCGGUGAAUUUUCAAGAUUUAUUAUCCAUAAAUCUUUAAACAUGAAUAUACCAUUCCCCAUACUUUACCCUCGUCUAGUAGACCCUACUUGGUUCAACGCUGACAGUCCUUGUGAUGAAGAUGCUGAACUUACUAGCAUGGAGCAAGCUCAUCAGCAAUGGCUGAACUCAAUCGGUCAACAGUAUAUGAAGCGCCCACCUCUGGGUAAGCCUGAUCCUGAACCUAUGGAGGAAGAGGCUGAUUCUGAUGAAGAAGAAGGUAAUGACGAAUCUGAGGAAUCAGAAGAGUCCCACGAUGAAGAUGAAGAGGAGCAACUGAGAACAUACACUCCGCCGAGGAACAAUAAUGAGACAGACCAGGAGUUUGAGGGAAAUGAAGCUCCAGAUCCCGGCACUCCUGACCAGAGUGCACUCUGGCCUCAAGGCCGCAUUCAGCCCUUGAAUUAGGGAUUCACCUUCGUACUAGGCUUUGCCUAACGAUCUCUUUUUAUAUGGGUGUAUUUAGUUUGCCUUGAUUAGUAGGAUGUCGUAAUUUUGAGUUUCAAUGCUACUUUCAUAAAUGAUUCAUAAGUUACUCGUAUAAAUUGUACAUGGGCAGACUGAAAUAUAUGAGGAUUUUAGGGUUUCUCUUGUUGGUGGAUCACAAGAGAAUUAUGGAUUCCAAGAUUUAACACAUAAUAUUUUCACGUUCAUAUAUCCUGAUCUGAUUCCUUGAAUUUUUGGAACAUUCAUGAUAGAUGUAUGAGGAUACUAUCAUAGAUCUACGAGGGAGCGUUUUAUAUUAACAGAAUGAGAGGGUUUUACGGGGCUUAUUAUAAAGAUUUUAAUGUUGAAAAACAUUAUUCCAAGCAGAUGUUGCUAUUUCUAUUUUUGUGUUCAGUUACAUCUAUCAAUGAUCAGUUGUUCAACUAUAAACAGAAUUUUUCAAGUUGAAGGUUACUCCAUUAAGUGACUCUUCGUGUUGUGGUCCUUUGAUCAUAAUGUUAAUUAGUAUAAAUUUGAGGUGAGAGUUUUUUAGAUAUCAUUAACCAAGCAACAUAAUUGGGGGUGACAUCAAAUGAGACAUAAUAGCCCAAUGAAUAUGACUUCUGAUUUCGAUUCUGAGGGUGUAGGCUCAAUUCAGGUCCAGGGCAUGCACCUCCUAACUUUUCAGUUAUGUAAAUUUUUUAAAAAAAAUUAUAUUUCUUAAAAUUUACAUAACUAAACCAGCGUGUUUGACUAAGGCCUCUCAUUCUGAGAGGAGACUCAUGCUCAACAGUGAGCUGAAUAUGGAGUUGUUAAUGAUGAUCUAUGUUAAAAUAUAAAUAACAAUGAUUAAAUUCUAUGCAGGAUUUUACUUUAAGGUUAAUCAAUGCUUUAUUAUAUAAUAUUUUUUUAAUUAAUUUAUUAUUGUGCUUUUGCCUUAGUAUAACUUUAUGGCAAUUCCAAGUUUUGUAAUAGUUCUUGUAAACGAUUAGAAUAAAAAACAAUAUUAUAACAA